AUGAUGAACGGCUUGCAAUCCCUAACGCAGUGGAAUGACUACUUCGGCAAACCGUCAGCAACUUUGUUGGGUACAAUGAACGCUAUGUAUCCUGUCGGCAAGAUUCUGGGUGUGCCGAUCGUCACUUACCUCAAUGAUCGCUUUGGGAGGACGUUUCCCCUGCGUAUCGGACUUCCGUUCCUCCUUUUUGCAGCUGCGAUCCAAGGCUCUGCUCAAAAUGUGGGAUGGUUCAUCGCUGGUCGCUUUCUGGUGGGCAUAGGUACGGUUUUUGUGGCCCAGCCUUCCCCAAUCCUUGUCACCGAGCUGGCGUAUCCGGUUCACCGCGGCAGAAUCACCGGGAUUUAUUAUGCCAGUAAUGUAAGUGCUAAAGGUGCACCUGAAACGGAACUGGUCUUCAGCCAACUUACACCGUGGCAGUACCUUGGAACCCUGAUAGCAGCUUGGAUCACCUAUGGCACCUUCAGGAUGGCCGGGAAUUGGUCAUGGAGGAUACCUUCCCUCCUUCAAGCUGCCUGCCCAUUUAUCCAGUGCCUCGGCGUCUAUUUUCUACCAGAAUCGCCAAGAUGGUUGAUCGGCCACGGUAAAAGUAAUGAGGCUCGAGAGGUACUGGUGAAGUAUCAUGCUGGUGGUGAUACAUCUUCCCCUCUUGUCGACUUCGAAAUGGCAGAGAUGGAAGCAAGCAUACGCCUGGAGAAGGAAAGUCUGUCUCAAACAUCCUAUCUCGAUCUCUUGCGCACAGCUCCAAACAGAAAACGCUCAUUUAUCUCCCUCACCAUCGGUAUUUACUCAUACUGGGCUGGAGCUGGUAUCAUCAGCUACUAUCUACACCUGGUCCUCAACACAAUUGGCAUUACCGCCGUCUCGCUGCAAACGCUCGUGAACGGCCUUCUUGCCAUCAUGAAUUUCAUCGUCGCAAUCUGUGCGGGUCUACUUGUCGAUAGAGCUGGUCGUCGAUUGCUCUUCCUCUUAUCCGCAAGCGGGAUGCUGCUGUCCUUCGUUAUAUGGACGAUACUUUCGGCCCGAUUCUCCAUGUCCAAGGACACAGGCUUGGGUAAGGGAGUUGUGGCAUUUGUGUUCAUCUUCUUCUUCUUCUUCCAGGUCGCCUUCGCACCUUUUUUCCUCGGAUACCCGGUCGAGAUCUGGCCGUAUAUGCUACGAGCCAGAGGAGUUUCUGUAACACUCUUCGGCAGCUGGGGCGGUCUCCUCAUUGGGCAGUUUGUUACCCCAAUCGGCCUUCUCAACAUUGGGUGGAAGUACUACAUUGUCUUCUGUGUCCUCUUGGCUCUUUUCUGGUUCAUUGUAUACUUCACCUUUCCGGAAACUCGAGGUCGCACCUUGGAGGAGAUCAACGACAUCUUCGAGGGAACCACGUUGAAGGAGGAUUCUGAAGUCAGCGUUGCGUCUGAACCACAGGGAAGCGAGAAACGUGAUGAAAAGGUAGAGGGUGCCCAUAUUGAGGCGACUCUAAAGUAA